AUGACUGUAGCGGGAUCCUCUCUGUCUAGCAUUGCUAUCGAAAACAUCAAGAAGAACACUUCGAGUAGUGUCUCGUCAAUGAUGUUUCAGCACUGGAUGCCAGCAGAUAUGGGUUUCUUCAGAACCGUCAACGGUAAUCAGGCAAAUCUUCGCAAAACCAUUCUCUUUGACCAAUCGCUUGUGGCCGACCCUAAUCACCAACGAAGUGAAGCUACGAGUGCAUUUAUUGACACUCUGCCCUAUCACCAUGAAGGGAACGGAGAUUUGGGUAACACCGCCAACAGCGACGGAGAAGCUUGA